UUUUAGGCUAAUGUCCAAGCCCUCUCUUUCUCAUUAGGACUCUCCUCACCAUUACAUAGUACAAUUUGAGCUCCCAUUCAUGGAGUAUUGAGCUAAGUCUAAAAGAAGAAGGAAGAUGGAGCUAAAAGAGGAUCCUUUUACAUGGAGGGAAACCUCCUAUUUAUAGGGAAUAGGGGGAAAGGGGGCUCUCCACCCUAACGGGCCGAAUGGGCCAAAAUGGGCCCAAAGGCCGAAACAGACCCGAUAGGCUAAAAUGGGCCUUACUGAUUGGGCUCCGUACUACGUAAAGUCUUGGGCUCCUGAACAGUAAUAGGCCGGGAUAAUAUAUCCCAACACAAGUCCCCCAGUUUCUUGAGUAGUGAGCGUGCGAAUCUGCUCGAGAAAAUAUACUCUUGCCUACGCUUUACCUCGAUCUAGCUGGAACCUGUGUCUUCGAAUAAUCAUAAUAUAUGAGUGGAUGUCCACACUCCUGAACGUAAUCUGCCGGUGAGGCACCUCCGUUCCCGACGGGGUCGGGCGAAGGGUGCUCCUCCACGGGCACGCUCCCCCUGAAUGCAUCAGGCUAGAGUAAAGGACUCUGACUCGAGCUUUCCAACGGAGAAGCUUAGAGGUCCAUGCAUCUAUAAACCGACGUCGCGGUACUGUCAAAACAUGAUGCACGUGUGUAUGUAUGAAUGUAUGAGGUAUGAUGCAUGAAUGCAUGUAAUGUAUGGGUGCAAUGUAUGGGUGCAAUGUAUGAGAGAGGGAAUGCAAGAUGUGAUAGGAGCGGUAGCUCUCAACGAUAACCCGGGCAUGUCAGCGCCGAGAGGCAGACGUGCUGCAUAAAAGACGUUCGUCGCCAUCCUGAAAGGGAUGGGCGACCCUAACGUGAGCCAGACACGAUGGCGCUGGGGCGCUGAUCGUGCUGCAUAAGAGACGUUCGUCGCCAUCCUGAAAGGGAUGGGCGACCCUAACGUGAGCCAGACACGAUGGCGCUGGGGCGCUGAUCGUGCUGCAUAAGAGACGUUCGUCGCCAUCCUGGAAGGGAUGGGCGACCCUAACGUGAGCCAGACACGAUGGCGCUGGGGCGCUGAUCGUGCUGCAUAAGAGACGUUCGUCGCCAUCCUGGAAGGGAUGGGCGACCCUAACGUGAGCCAGACACGAUGGCGCUGGGGCGCUGAUCGUGCUGCAUAAGAGACGUUCGUCGCCAUCCUGGAAGGGAUGGGCGACCCUAACGUGAGCCAGACACGAUGGCGCUGGGGCGCUGAUCGUGCUGCAUAAGAGACGUUCGUCGCCAUCCUGGAAGGGAUGGGCGACCCUAACGUGAGCCAGACAUGAUGGCGCUGGGGCGCUGAUCGUGCUGCAUAAGAGACGUUCGUCGCCAUCCUGGAAGGGAUGGGCGACCCUAACGUGAGCCAGACAUGAUGGCGCUGGGGCGCUGAUCGUGCUGCAUAAGACGGUCGUCGCCAUCCUGGAGGGAAUGGGCGAGCCGAACCGUGGAGCCAGGUACGAUGGCGCUGAGGGGCCGAUCGCACUGCAUAAGACGUUCGUCGCCAUCCUGGAGGGAAUGGGGCGAUCCGAACGUGAAAGAGACACGAUGGCGCUGAGAAGCCGAUCGUGCUGCAUCAGAAGGUCGUCGCCAUCCUGGAGGGAAUGGGCGAGCCGAACCGUGGAGCCAGGUACGAUGGCGCUGAGGGGCCGAUCGCACUGCAUAAGACGUUCGUCGCCAUCCUGGAGGGAAUGGGGCGAUCCGAACGUGAAAGAGACACGAUGGCGCUGAGAAGCCGAUCGUGCUGCAUCAGACGGUCGUCGCCAUCCUGGAGGGAAUGGGCGAGCCGAACCGUGGAGCCAGGUACGAUGGCGCUGAGGGGCCGAUCGCACUGCAUAAGACGUUCGUCGCCAUCCUGGAGGGAAUGGGGCGAUCCGAACGUGAAAGAGACACGAUGGCGCUGAGAAGCCGAUCGUGCUGCAUCAGACGGUCGUCGCCAUCCUGGAGGGAAUGGGCGAGCCGAACGUGAAAGAGACACGAUGGCGCUGAGAAGCCGAUCGUGCUGCAUAAGACGUUCGUCGCCAUCCUGGAGGGAAUGGGGCGAUCCGAACGUGAAAGAGACACGAUGGCGCUGAGAAGCCGAUCGUGCUGCAUCAGACGGUCGUCGCCAUCCUGGAGGGAAUGGGCGAGCCGAACCGUGGAGCCAGGUACGAUGGCGCUGAGGGGCCGAUCGCACUGCAUAAGACGUUCGUCGCCAUCCUGGAGGGAAUGGGGCGAUCCGAACGUGAAAGAGACACGAUGGCGCUGAGAAGCCGAUCGUGCUGCAUCAGACGGUCGUCGCCAUCCUGGAGGGAAUGGGCGAGCCGAACCGUGGAGCCAGGUACGAUGGCACUGAGGGGCCGAUCGCACUGCAUAAGACGUUCGUCGCCAUCCUGGAGGGAAUGGGCGAGCCGAACCGUGAAUCUGGGCACGAUGGCGCUGAGGGGCCGAUCGCACUGCAUAAGACGUUCGUCGCCACCCUGGAAGGGAUGGACGAGCUCAACGUGAAUCUGGGCGAUGUCCCUCCGUCUGAUCUGGGGAGCUGGUAUUCAUCGUCCAAGGCAAAAGAAAGCAUGAUGUUAGCCGAUCGUCGUCGGCCACUUCAUUCUUCAUACUUAAAUUUUGUAAUUAUUCUUUAUGUAUGUUUUUCAGUUUGUACUUCCCGGCCAAUAGCGCCGAGGGAUAAAAUCAUUCUUUGCUCCGUGCUCUUCUGGCAUCUUUUUUUUUUUUUUUUUUGGAGUCUUUUAGUCUUCGUUCGUCCUUGGUCCUUGGUCCUACCGGCGUCCCUACUUCGAGGAGACGUUCGGUAUCCGCAGACAUCGCAAGGAGGAACAUGUUUAUCUACAUCGAGAUUCCCCCUUUUUUCGUUCGUCCGUGGUCCUUUUAGUCUUACCGGCGUCUCUUGCUUCGAAGAAGACGUUCGGUACCCAAGGAACUCGCAGGGACGAACAGGUUUACCCUCACGGGUUCCCGACUUUGUUAUCCCACGUCCAUCGAUCCAUGGUCAUUUGUGGGAUAAACAGGUUUAUCUUGGCAGGCUCCCUUGGUUCGUCUAGCCCCCUCCGCGUCUCUACUAACCUCUACAUCGAGAGGCGUUCGUCUUCGGCGGUGGGGGAAGAUCUGGCACGCCCGGGCAAGAUUCCCUUCCGCAUAGGAGCUACCCUCCUCUUCUCCCCAUCUUUUUCUUUUUUUUCUUUUUUUUUUUUUGAGGGAGGCAAUCUAUAUUCUUCGUUCGUCCUUGGUCCUUGGUCCUACCGGCGUCCCUACUUCGAGGAGACGUUCGGUAUCCGCAGACAUCGCAAGGAGGAACAGGUUUACCCUCACGGGUUCCCGACUUUGUUAUCCCACGUCCAUCGAUCCAUGGUCAUUUGUGGGAUAAACAGGUUUAUCUUGGCAGGCUCCCUUGGUUCGUCUAGCCCCCUCCGCGUCUCUACUAACCUCUACAUCGAGAGGCGUUCGUCUUCGGCGGUGGGGGAAGAUCUGGCACGCCCGGGCAAGAUUCCCUUCCGCAUAGGAGCUACCCUCCUCUUCUCCCUAUCUUUUUUUUUUCUCUUUUUUUUUUGAGGGAGGAAAAUACGUUCGUCGGUUUCCAAGAAUGACCACCAGUGAUGUCACACGUAAUGGUGGUGGGAUACCAACACGAAUAAAAUGACGAGGCGAUGGAAUAGCUGGUCGUCAUGCGAAGGCGAUGGUCACCCUCCUGGAGGGGAGGGGUGAGUCCGAUCGCUAACCCAAGAAGGUCGGCAUUGGGAGUCGAUAAACAAUGAUCAUAAUGUCGCUGAGCAGACGGUCCUGAUAAAGAGAUGACAAUAGUGUCCGAUCAGGCCGAUAUAUCCGAGCAACGGCUCUCAUCCACGCAGCGUGGGGAUGAAACCGGUCUUCAAAUAUGAUGGUGGCACUGUACCAGGAGGUCGGUGGCCAUGUAUGACGUCGGCGCUGGGGCCGAUCCAAAGAGAGAUAAUCAGCGGUCCUCAUCCGCGAGGAGCGGGGACGAGGCCGAUCUUCAAGUAUGGAAAACACGCCGAGCCGGGGGGGCCGGUCGUGAUAUAAUGAUGUCGGCAAUGAGAGGCCGAUCUGAGAUCCAGCAACGGUCCUCCUCCACGCAGUGCGGGGACGAGGCCGGUCUUCAAAAGAUAAGCACGCCGAGCCGAGAGGCCGGUCGUGAUAUGAUGAUGUCGGCGAUGAGAGGCCGAACAUGAUGUGACAAUGUCGGCAAUGAGGGGCCGACCUACAAGAGUCAAGCAGCGGCCCUCAUCCGCGAGGAGCGGGGACGAGUCCGGUCUUCAAAAGAUAAGCACGCCGAGCCGAGAGGCCGGUCGUGAUAUAAUGAUAUCGGCAAUGUGAGGCCGAUCUGAGAUAGCAAGCAACGGUCCUCAUCCGCGAGGAGCAAGGAUGAGGCCGGUCUUCAAAUGUGGAAAACACGCCGAGCCAGGAGGCCGGUCAUGAUAUAAUGACGUCGGCAAUGAGAGGCCGACCUGAAAGAAUCCAGCAACGGUCCUCGUCUGCGCAGUGCGGGGACGAGGCCGGUCUUCAAAUAUGAUAAUCACACCGGGCCGAGAGGCCAGUCGUGAUAUAAUGAUGUCGGCGAUGAGAGGCCGACCUGGAAGAA